AUGAGGAAUUCGAUUAAGGAUGAAACGUGGAAGAACUUGGAAGACGAAAUCCUGAAGGCAGGAGUAAUGAAAUACGGCACGAAUGAUUGGUACCGAAUCGCAUCCCUCCUCCACGGCAGAGCUCCAAGGAAAUGUAAAGCUCGAUGGGAAGAGUGGAUUCAUCCUUCCAUCAUAAGGACUGGAAUCUGGUCAAGAGAAGAAGAUGAAAAACUCCUGCAUCUUUCCAAAUUGAUGCCAUCACAAUGGACAACAAUUGCCCCGAUUGUGGGUCACACAGCAUCUGAAUGUCUACAUCGUUUUGAGCAACUCCUUCCUCAUGUGUGUUCCAAAGAUGAAGAUGAUGAUGAUGAUCCUCGUAAGUUGUUGGGUCUUGGAGGAGGGAUCGAUUCGGGUCCCGAAACGAGGCCUCCUCGACCUGACCCUGUGGAUUUGGAUGAUGCUGAGAAACAGAUGCCUUCAGCAGCAAUAGCUCGAUUAGGCAACACUGGAGGUAAGAAAGCUCAGAGGAAAGCAAGGAAGCAGCAGAUUGCAGAGGCUACAAGGCUGGCUAAGCUGCAAAAAGACAGAGAGCUUAAGGCUGCUGGAAUUUAUGAUGAUUUUCAGCAGCAUAGUAGGAAGAGAAAGAGGAAUCGAUAA